AUGCCCUAUACCACCGUCACAGCCGCCAUCACGGUCACGCCCAGCUCAAGCCCGACCGUGGUCGUCGUCACUCAGACGCUCGCCGCUUCCGACCUCUCGCGCUUCUCCAUCACGCCCACAGCCUCUCCCGGCGCCGACGCCUCCCACUCGAGCUCGCUCUCACCUUCGCCCUCGUCGUCGGCCACCAGCACUGAGAAUGGCGGCGCCAGCAACUCAGCGCUCGUCGGCGCAGUCGCAGGAGGCCUCGUUGGCGGGUUUGCCUUCUUCACCCUCCUCGUCGUCAUGGCCUGCCUCAUCCGGCGCAGGUCGAAGCGCAAAGCAGGCGGUCCAGGCCGCGGGAGAUUCAAAGGCCAGCGUGUCAAUGUCGUCGGCAGCUCGCUAGGUGGCGCCGCUGCUGCCGCUGCUGCUGGAAGAUUCUCAAAGGAAGGUGCCUCGUUCGUGGCACGGCCCGGUCUCUAUGCCAGAUCGGGACCUCACAGCCGGAGCGACAGCUCGGCGCUCGUCUCGCUCAUGCCCGCUCACGGCGCUGCCUCGGAUCACCAUCACGGUGCUCACACUCCUUCGUCCUCUAUGGGCAGCAACGGACCCCGCUACAGCCUGCUCCCGUUGCAGCCAGCGACGGCAGGGUACCAGUACGUCGAUCCUUAUGCCCAUGACAUUGCCCCCGCCUCGGUCGCCAACCGAUCCGAUCCAAGGCUCCCCGCUGGAGUCUACGAGCGAAGCUCGAGCCACUCACCGCAGCCAUCGGGCCAGUCAAGGGCAUCCUCGGCGCAUUCGAUGGCUCGACUCGGAUCCGAGGGGUCUGCAUCGAUGGUUGCGACCUCCAACCCGGCCAGUCGGUCCAGCUUAGCCCUGAGUCGACCCCUCUCAGGUGCCACCUUCGGUCUCGGUCCAAGGUCGUCAGAGGCUCAUCGUGGCGGCGGUGGCGGUGGCUUUGGCAGCGCCGGCAGCACUUCGGAUGCUGAAACCCGUCGGCCGGGCUCGACACAGUCUCUAUCGCUGCCCACCUCGCGCUGGUCUCGCCCGAGCUCGGCGGGGAGCAGCAGCCAUACAGCACAGCCUCGCCCGCCCUCGGCCAUUCUUGGCUCGCCCGCCUAUUCGACCUCGGCGGCCGCCUACGCGAUACCGACCCCGACGUUCGGGACGUUCCGCGACCAGCAGAAGCCACCGAUCAAUGGCGAGAGCGAGAUGAUGCAGAGGACACCGUCCUCGCAACGUCCCCCGGUCGCCGGCCUGCCGCUUUUGCCUUCCAAUCUGUCGACAAUUCAGGGCUCCAUCUCUGAGGGCACGAUGGCGACGACGACAACGACGGACGGGUCAGACAGCCUUCGGCGGGACAGCAACGUCUCGGGAGCCACCGUCCGCCAAGGUGAGGGAGUUUCGAGCGUGCCGAGGCUGCCUUCGAUCCCCGCAUCGAGCCCUCUGAUCGUCCAAGGCUCAGCCUCGCCGCCGAGGAUGAAAGAGAAACAGGACGGUGCAUCAGGCGCAAUCGCUUCGACCAGCGCCAACCACACCGCCGGAACGUACCUUUCGACGUCGAGCGGAACGCCGUCCAGGGGCACGGGCGAGGGCACGCUCGAGAGCUUCAACACCUUCACGGGCAUGAAGAAGUCUGACCUGCACGUCGUCGGCACGCUCUCGUCGCAGAACUCGACGCUGCCGCCAAUCGCGGCGCACGACGAGGCCGAGGAAAGCACGGCGGUGGACGCCAACACGGAACGGUGCCUGCAGGCGCCUCCGCCGCACGAGAGCUGGAGCGUCGACUCUCAAGGCCUGGAGUUCUGGCUGAGGUCCGAGGGCGACUCGAAGCCCAAGUCCGCGUCGAACGCCAACAGCCGCCCGAUGCAGCCCUCGGUGGCGACGGGUGCGCAGCCUGCGGGCCGACACACUAGGCCCGCGCACGAGAGGGCGUCCAGCGGGACUCAGGGCAGCCGCCUGAUUGAGAUGUUUGAACGGAGCAGCGCUGGUCACGGUCAGGGCGCCACCAAGGAUCCGCUCGGCGCUCAGAGCAAGCCUGAGACGUUUGCGCCUAUCCAAUCGCAGGGACAGAAUGUCGGCAGCCUCUCGUCAGGCACAGCGGCACCGUCGGCGUCGGCCGCGGCGACAAGAUCGCCACAUGGGUCCGAUCAUGCUUCGGACAUGAAGCCGAAGCGUGGGUCUAGUUCACCAUUGCACGCCUUGGGCUUGCGUCUAGGCAAACCUGCCAAACCCAGCGACACUCCCAGCAGCAGCGCCCAAGCCGGCCCGGCGAUGCCGGCUCUGAGCCUCGACGAUCUGCCGCCGUUGCAGGCCAAGCGGCCUCUAUCCAGUCAACCCUCUGCACCGCUCAACGAGAGCGAGCCGGGCGCCUCGCACCUUGGACGGUCCAAGAGCAGGGAGAGCGGCGACCUCCUGGGCAGCGACUUUUUCUCAUCGGCGACGUUCGCGCAGCCCUUGACGAUCCCGGCGCUCAGCUUUGACGGAAACAGCGGCCUGGACCCACCCGCGAGCCAAACUGGUUCCGGCCAGGCGAUGCAGGCAGCUGUCAAGGUGACACGCUCGCCUCUGGGCGCUCUCGGCCUCAACUCGACUGCGACUGCGGUGGCACCGCCUGCUAAGGGGGAUAGGAAGGGCAAGGCCAAGAAGGACGUCUCGAGGUCCAAUGAGAUCGACAUUGACCAGCUCUUCUAG